ACGCGCCGGCUAGAGAGAAAGGACCCCAGGAGCGCUCCCUUCCCAAGAUGGCGAUGCUGGCAGAGCCACGUCGCAAGCAAAAAUGGUCUGUGGAUCCUCGGAAUAGUGCUUGGAGCAAAGAUGAAUCGAAAUUUGGCCAGAAGAUGUUGGAAAAAAUGGGAUGGUCGAAAGGCAAGGGACUUGGAGCUCAGGAGCAAGGCAACACAGAGCACAUCCGGGUUCAAGUGAAGAACAACACAUUGGGCUUAGGAUCAACCAUCAACCAAGAGGACAACUGGAUUGCCCAUCAGGAUGACUUCAACCAGCUCCUGGCCGAACUGAACAAUACUCACGGACAAGAAACACCCGAAGCUGUAUCCGGAGAGGAAAAGAAGAUAUUUAGCUUAGAGGAGAAAUCCAAGACCUCCCGGAAACGGGUUCAUUACAUGAAAUUUGCCAAAGGUAAAGACCUCUCUUCCCGAAGUGAAGAUGACCUGUCCUGCAUUUUUGGGAAACGUCAGAUUAAAAAGAAACAGGAUGACACUGCCAAUGAAGACUCUUCAGACGAAGCCUCAAAAGACGGGCUUGAGCCAGCCGAAGAGGUGGACACUGGAAAUACAGUGACCAGCGCACUCACUGUCCAGGAGUAUUUUGCCACACGCAUGGCGAAACUCAAGAAAGCCCAACGUGGACAUGACUGUGACCCUCCUCCAGAAACGACUGAAAAGCUGGAGUGCUCGGAGGCCCAGCCGAGAAGAAAAAAGAAACAGAAAGAGGUUGGGCUUGAGAAUGCAGCCAGAGAAGCAAAAACAGUAACCCCAGUGAGACUUGACUCAAGUGGAGAAGAGAAGGAUAAACUGGAGACCCAGAAGAAGGAGAAGAAGACGAGGAAGAAAAGGAAGAAAUCUAAGCAACUGAGCAUUGAUAGCAGCAGUCUUAUUUGUGAUGAGUCUCAGGAGGAAGAGUUGUGUCACAGAGAGGCAUCUGAUGUGGAAGUUGAAGACAUAGGGGAACCACAGCCAAAGAAAAAGAAGACCAAAAAGCUAGGAAGGGAUAGAGAGGGAGAGGGAGGAAGAACAAAGCCAGGCAAGAAGAAACGCUCCAGUUAACGCUUGUCUGCUGAGUUCUCGAACUGAAUUGGUUGACAUGUUUG